AUGUCAUCAUUUUUCCAAGGGAUCGAUAUAGCUUCUCCAAUUGAAGUAUUUUUCAUGAAUAAGAUGUGCCAAGAUGAGCCAGCAGAACACAAAGUUAAUUUAACUAUUGGAGCAUAUCGCACAGAGAAAGGCGAACCAUGGGUAUUACCGGUGGUUCGUGAAGCAGAAAAGCGUCUUGCUGAGAUGUGCCAAAAUCAUGAAUAUUUGCCCGUUCUUGGUUAUGAACCAUUCUGUAAAGUAGCAGUGGAGCUAGUUCUUGGCAAAGAUUCGUCAGCAAUCAAAACUGGACGGGUCACUGGUGUACAGUGUCUUUCAGGAACAGGUUCGUUAAGAGCAGGAGCUGACUUUCUCAGUUUUGUGCUUAAGAAUAAAACAGUUUAUAUUUCUAAACCAUCUUGGGGCAAUCAUAAAUUAAUCUUUGCACGGGCUGGUUUUGCAAAUAUACGAGAAUAUCGAUACUGGGAUGCUGAAAAUCGAUGUAUUGACUUGAAAAACAUGUUAAUCGAUCUUGAAGCAGCACCCGAGAAGCUAGUUUUUCAUUAUAUAAACGAUGGAUUUUCCAGUUCGGUGAUCGUUUUGCAUGGAUGUGCUCAUAACCCAACCGGUAUGGAUCCAACACAUGACGAGUGGAAACAAAUUGCUGAAGUACUUAAGAAGAAGCGACUUUUCCCAUUUUUCGACCUGGCCUAUCAAGGAUUCGCUAGUGGUGAUCCCGAUGCAGAUGCUUGGGCAGUACGAUACUUUGUUGAACAAGGAAUGGAGUUGUUUUGUGCGCAGUCAUUUGCCAAAAAUUUCGGUCUAUAUAAUGAGCGAAUUGGUAAUUUAACAGUUGUUGUAUCUGACCCAUCAUUAUUAACUGCAUUUAAUUCACAAAUGUCGUUGGUCAUUCGAUCUAACUGGUCUAAUCCUCCUAAUCAUGGAGCCAAAAUUGUGCAUAUGAUAUUAACUUCUUCGGAAAUGCUUUCGCAAUGGCAUGAUGCUAUAAAGAUUAGAAAAACAAUUAGUUCUCAAACACUUGAUUGUGGUGGGCAUUGUAUUGUAUGCUUGGAACUUUGGUAG